AUGGAGCCCGCCUGUGGGACGGCUGCCGCGGUUGCGAAGGAACCCAAGCAUCUCUGGAGGCAGCAGACCCAAUCUCUCUCCGUGCGUAAAGGCGAGCGCGUCAGACAAAGGGGAUACUCGGACACGGAGAGGUACCUGCUCCCGGGGAACAUGGACCGGACGUACGCCAUGGACACAGGACACCGGCCAGGGCUGAAGAAAUCCCGCAUGUCCUGGCCCUCGUCCUUCCAAGGGCUCCGACGGGGCGUUGUGUGGAAGUUUAGGCGGAGGAAUAGCGCGGUUUGUCCCGUGGUGGUGACUUCUUUGUGGGUCUCGCUGUGCCGUUCUCUCCGGUUUGUCUGA